AGCUAAACUUCAACAAUUGUAAACUAUAUUGACGAAGGCACAAUGAAAAUUGUCACGCGUUCGAUACUUCUUUGCGUCGAUCUUGUAGCGGAAUUAUUUGUUUUGAAAUCAGUGAUGCUAGCAGAAUAAUAUCGAUUCGAAAAUAUUGACAGUGAAGGAAAUCGCAAAAAUGCCCGAUCAAGUUGUACCAAUAGAUUAAUAUUCUAUUAGCUACGUACGGGGAUGCAGAAGCAGAAAUGAUGCCUGAAAUAUUUUACAGCGAUACGAGAACGAAAAUUGCACAUGAACCUAAUUACAGAACACUUUGGGGAUACGUAAAUCACGAGAUAAAGUGGUUCAAUGUGUUCUUUCUGUUUUUCGUACAUUUGUACGCUUUCAAGGUGUAUUUUUCUAUCAGACCAGAACAUUUUCCUAUGGUAUGUUGGGCGAUAUUUUUUGGCAGUAUAGGUGGUUUUGGUGUAACUGGAGGUGCGCACAGAUACUUCACACAUAAAUGCUACAAAGCGACGUUUCCUCUGAGAGUUUUACUCAUGUUGGCUUACACCAGCGCAGGACAAAAUACACUGUUCGACUGGGUAAGAGACCACAGGGUACACCACAAAUACAGCGAAACCGAUGCCGAUCCUCACAACUCGAGGAGAGGAUUCUUUUUCGCUCAUUGCGGAUGGUUGAUGAUGAAAAAACAUCCCGAUGUUAUAAUAAAAGGUAAAACGGUCGACUGCAGCGAUGUUCUAGCGGAUCCGGUGGUUCGUUUUCAUCAGAAAUACUUUUGGCCAUUGAGAAUAUUUCUUUGCUUCGUCCUUCCCACUAUCAUCCCCAUGUAUUUCUGGGGGUGGGAUCUGCAGACAAGCUUCGAUAGUUCUUUCGGAAAAUGGGUCACUCUUCUUCAUUGCACUUGGUCUGUGAACAGCGUAGCACAUAUGUGGGGUACCAAACCGUACAACAAGGAUAUACAUCCGGCUGAGACUAAGGUCGUAUCAUUCCUUUCCAUGGGUGAAGGAUGGCACAAUUAUCACCAUACCUUUCCUUGGGACUACAAAGCCUCCGAAUUCAGCUAUCACUUCAACAUGACCACGUUUUGGAUAGAUGUUUUCGCCAAACUCGGAUGGGCCUACGAUCUUAAACAACCAUCGAAGGAACUGGUCAAAAAAACAAUCGAGAAAUUUGGAGACGGAUCACAUUUUGAAUGGGGCCAAGACGUCAAAUAAAAGGAGAAUAAAAUGCAAAUGGUUUUGCACUGAUUUGUUUUUGUAAAAGCUAUACUUAAGAACAAAAGACAAUAAAACAUUACAAUUUUGUUAUUUGAA